AUGGUGAAGAACAGUGAGAAGAUAAGGCAAGAAGAGGAGGCAAUGCCAAACAAGAACCUCCCUGAGGUCCUCAUCAUGGACAUACUUUCAAGGCUUCCGGUCAAGUCUCUUUUAAGGUUCAGGUGCGUAAGCAAACCACGGUGUGCUCUCAUAACUGAUCCUCCUUUCAUCAAAAUGCACCUCAGCCAAUCCCUUGCAAAAGCUGCCGCAGUAGAACUCGAUCAUCCACUCAAAUCUCCAGAUUAUGGAACCGAAGUACCGGGUUCUUGCAAUGGCUUACUGUGUAUAAAUACAGAACACGAAGAGAACAUAUACCUCUGGAAUCCUUCAACGAGAUGGCAUCAAAAGCUGCCCUUUUUACCUUUGAUCGGAUCUUCCACUACUGCUCAAUUAGCUUAUGGAUUCGGUUACGAACCCAUCACCAACGAUUACAAGCUGGUAAGGAUUUUGCAGAGGUAUCCACAGUCUUAUCAUAAUAAAAAUUACUCUGAGGAUGAUUGGUCUUCGGAGGUGAGGGUCUAUUCACUUAGCACCAACUCAUGGAUACGUAUAGGUGUCACGUACUUCCACCGCAUCCAACACCGAUUUGGGGUUCUUGCAAAUUCUGUUCUUCAUUGGAUUGGAAAUAGUGAGUUGGUAGUUCAUACUACCUCCAAUUCUAUUGUUUCCUUUGACCUUAAAGAUGAGAAGUAUCGAGAGGUGCCAUUACCUGACUUUUCUGAAGAUAUAUUUCAUAUGACCAUGGGGUUCUUGGUGGGGUUUCUUGGAGGACAACUGUGCGUGAUCUGUAAUUUCUCCAUCCAUGAUGAGAUUUGGGUGAUGAAGGACUACAAUGUGAGGGGUUUUUGGGAGAUGCAGGGAGAAAGGGCUUCAGCUGACUUUAAACACAUUCGAAUUGCACAAUCGAGGGUUUCAAUCGAUCAAUGA